UGCCUGGGCGUGUGUAUGAUCGUGUGCGGACAAAGAACAGAGAGCAGUGAUUAUGGUUGGUAUCAGGCGAGAAUCUCCGAGUAUUCCCCCAUCUUCUUGUCAGUACUCGUCGGUCGCAUACAGAGAAAUGUCACCACUCAGGACGGUGUAGCUGCCGGUCUUUCACACAGCGUUGAUUUUUACUCAAUGAAACACAAGGUACGGUCCAUGAUGUCAUCUUUCGACUUCGAUACAAGCCACGGGAAUGAGGCUCUCAACAAUCUUCUGAGGGACAUGCAACAAGUAGAAAGGGCCACAGAUUACGCCAUGCGCAAGCGCGGCAAAAGAGAAUCGCCAGGUUCUCCGACGGACUCCAGCGGGAAUUCAACGACAGACGAGUCCGCCGAACCCCGGAAAUCAAAAUCACCAAAGAAAUCUUCACGGCGCAAAAAGGGCUCGAAUGCCCGCGAGCGCAAUCUCCGCCGCUUGGAAAGCAAUGAACGAGAGCGGAUGCGAAUGCAUUCUUUAAAUGACGCUUUUGAAGGCCUUCGGCAAGUCAUACCCCAUGUCAAACUCGAUCGGAAGCUAUCAAAAAUCGAGACACUGACCUUAGCCAAGAACUACAUUAAAGCCCUCACGAACGUGAUAUGUGGACUAAGAGGGGAAGAACUCAUUUAUGGAGAGAUGGAGGUGAACAAUAAUGGGGACGAGGAGAAUAUGAAUGAAACUGUGGAUUUAAAAGAUAGGGAUUUCAAAGAUGAGGAGGAAGAUGAAGACGAUGAUGAAGACGCCAUGAUUGAGGACUGCUUGUCGGUGUCAGCCGAAGAAACGAUCAACCUUGAAGUGCUACAGGAGCUAGUAGACUAAAAUAAAAAAGGGGAUCUGAAUUAUUUUCAUGAACUCUUUCAAACGUGGAUUAAUAUCUUAUUGUUUUGUUCAAAAACUGACAUUCCACCACAAGUCAGUGUUUAUGAAAAGUGUCAAGCAAUCGUCUCAAGUCCUUGCACAAAUGAAGAAACGGACGGCUAUAGGGAUUGCUCUGAUCAAUAGUAAGCCGUCGGGAACUCUGCCCACCGAGUACAGAGGAAGGGAAUGGGGACGAUAUAAGAUCCCCUCCUCGACAUCAACAACAUCAUGACAUUCCAUCGUUAUAACGUGAGUGCUAGUUAUAGAUCCAUCACUAGACUUUAAUGUUGCUUGUUGUUACACGUUAUUUUUAUACGGGAAAUUUGCAAUGCAAACUAAAUGAGCGCCCCAUCAAUGGGUCAUAUUGUUACUCCGUUCGUCUAUGCGAUACCAUACGAGAAUAAGAGCUAUAUUUUUGUUAUAAAAAACAAAAAAAAAUGAAGACCUUAACAACAAGGCGUUAUAAAAAGAGAAAAGUGACUGAGAGAGUAGCUAGCCUAUUUUUCUGUGUAAACUGCUGGAUUGUCACCGACAGCAUUACUACCAUAGUUGUACAGAUAAUGAUAUUCAAGCGAGCACGUUUUCCAAAGUAAUAACCUGCCUACAUCGCUGUAGGUCACGUAGGACCUACGGAUACGCGUUGUUUUUACAUAUUAAUUCAAUCAAAGACUUUUGUACAAAGUGCUCUUAACGCUCGCAUUAUUUUUUUCUAUUAUAUUUUUCAUACACUGCGCAUAUCAAAUUAUGUGAGUUCUUCCAGAUCAUCCGAAACUGAUAUGGGAGCAAACUCAAAGAUAGGAUUUAAAGGGGUGAAAGGAGAUCACAAAUUAAAGGCACUGUGCCCAGCCCUGUGAUGUUUGAUAAUGCGAUAAUGUCGUGCAUUGUAUUUCGGUAAUGAUCGCCCUAGUUCUACAUGAUGCCGCAUGUUUAAUGUAUACCGAGCUCGUGCUUUCUGGUUAUUAGAGUCCCUUUGAAAAACUCAUGUCAUGCCCAGAUGAGCAUUUUUUGUGCAACUCCGAAUUAAAAGCCCAUGAUCGCUAUCGUUAUUACCGCCAUUAUUAUCGCCUAUCAAGACUGUUGCCAUUGUCAUCAUCGUCACAUUCAUUACUCUCAUUCUUCCAAACUACAAGAGAAAAUUAAUACCAGAAUUUUUCACGCACGAAUCAUGUAAGAACAGUCGUUUGAUGAAUCAGGUGAGGACCAAGGGUAGUACCUUUUUUGGAUAGUUUCCAAUGUCGUAAGGCGAUCAGACUUUUCAAGACCAGUGUCGUGACGGCAACUCAUGGAUACAUGGUGCUAGCAUGUGAUAUUAAAAAAAAUGUCUGCCACACUGUGUUUUGGGGGUGAAUACCGAAACAGUAUAGAGAAUUUGUUAGCAUUAUUUAUUUUUCAUUUAUGUAAUGGACUUCCAUAAGAUUCAAAAAGAGAAGAUUGCAUUUAUAUUGCGGACUGCGUUUAUAUUUUCAAUUUUGAAAUUGUUUGCGCGCUCGGCGCAAAACAGUCACAGCUCUUUGUAUAUAUGGAUUGUGUGUAUAUAUAUAGAAAGAUAUUAUUUAGAUCAAAAUGGUGCACGCUUUUAGAUAAGAUAAGACUGGACCGUCAUGUGUUGUGAUUUCAGCUCUGCAUGGUCAGGGGUUGUAUGGUCCAACGAGACAGGACUCGUCACAAACACGUGGUUGUCUUACUUUGAUAUGCAGAGACAGACAGUCGGACGGACGGACAGACAGCGUGACAAACCAAGCUUUUUAAACAAACACGAAACAACGUUAUCAACACAGAAGUGAAAAAAAAGCAAGCAAUCGAAGUAAGACUACCCACGAGCCUUAUUCCCCCGUGAAUCGAACAUCUGCAUAAUGCCGACGCCAAGCCGAGUACUUUAGCCGGCUAUCUCGAUCCACUUUGUCAAGUACAUGCAACAUAUGUAUGGCCCCAGUGACUAAAGCCCUGAUCACAUUAGCUCACAUUACAGCACGACCAGUUAUUCUUUUAAGCGUGCACAUUACAACAAUUGUCGCAGGAUUUGCGAUAAGUCCCUGGGUUAUUAGAUACCGCGCUAUAGCCUUUGUAAUUUAGACGUGCAAGCACUUUUUAAAAUCCAAACUUAGUUAAUCAGAUGGCAUUUUUAUUUGAGUACUACUUUUUUUCCGGUGUAGUAAUUAAUUAGUUAAGUGAAUUAAACGUAUUUUUGGAGUAUUCAGAGCUAGCAAAGGGGUGUUUACAAAAUUCAGUUAGUAUCUGUUUCCUUCAACAUGUCAGCACUAGAAGAUGGGUUGUACAGUAUACUAUUGGGAGCCAAAAUGUUAAUGCCAUAUUAUGCAAAACGUUUCGAGACGAUAGAAUAAAUAUGUUAUUUUGAAGAUGGCGUGCUAGCAAAAUCAUUGCCUUCACUCUUUGAUAUUUUUAGAGUCUUCAUUUUCACAACGGGAAAUCGUACAUACGAGUAUAUUUUAAAAUGACAAGCCCAUUUCAACUCAUCAUGUAAAAAUACUGGAUGACAUUUCUAUGUGGAUAACGUUUCCUGUAGACCUUACAUACAAUGUUGGGACAGUGUGACAAGAAAAUGAGAGAGAGAGAAAGAGAGAGAGAGAGAGAGAGAGAGAGAGAGAGCGUCCCAACUUGCGCUCAUAUUAACCAUAGACAUAGCAAUGGAAUCAUAGCAGUUAUUUGGUCAUGAUAGCGUUGGAUUGCCUGCCAGCACGCCAUCUUUGAUGAACUAUCGCCUCCACUUCCUCCAGACAAACUCAGACAAACUCUCCAUCGCAUGUGUGACGUACAAGUAUUCGAAUUCCCCCAGCACCCUGAGGAUCGGGGGGCACUUGGUUAAGUUAUACUGAUUUAGACCAAGAAAAGAAAGAAAAAACGCCUUAAGUAAACUGAAUCUCAGUGUUUAAAAACUUACUGGGUUUCAGUGCAUUAGGCUGGCUUCAACUUUAAAUGUGCGUAUUUCAUGUUUCUUUAAAAGGUUUGUUAGCCGUGGCAUACUCAUGCCAUCGAGAUAAAACUACUCCCAGUGAUAAAUGGAAGUCGUUAUCUGAAACCAAUGGUGGUUUGAUUUUAAAUUAGCCAAAUCGUGGACAUCAAUUGAGUGCUCUAUUACUUCUAGUAUAUUUUCUUAUUAUUAGUUCAAUAAAUCUUUUGUUUGUCUAGUGUAGCUAUUUGCGUCAUCAGAAAUCCUGUAUUGGCGAAAAUAAUUCUGGGCAAUUAUGUAUGCCUACGUUUCUGUAGUCUAGUUUCAGUAAUAACACACAAAUAUCAUUUAUUUAAGUAUAAUUUUUUGAAACUAACUGCCAAACGGAAGCAAGCAUCUGAGCACAUUUUAACUCAGAUAUCAUUUGAUCAUUUUUCAUCCAAAUGUAAAUGUAAAAUACCGAAUAAAAAUAUUUAAAUAGAACAUGAAA